AUGACAUCAGUGUUCAACACCGAUGCUUCACUGCCGUACAACCAUGACUUAUUUGAAAGCCUUAUUGUAAAGAAAAGAAUAAAGACAUUCACUCAGGCAAUCUGGAUAGAAACUGACAACAAGAACGCCACUGACAUCGGUUGGCAGCCAUAUCUUGUAGUGUCUCCAACCAGGCACAGUGAGGAUCACGCGGUCCCCAUCCUGGAAGGCGAGUUUGGCCAGCUCUCUGUUUACGCCACUCUGAGUUGGGCAUGGAAAACAGCACUCUCUUCGGCAAACGAUGGUUCGGCAUACGUAACACUUGUCCCAGCCAACGCAGCUUCUGGUGCUGGACACAUUCUUCAAUGGAAGUACCCGUUACACAACCGAACAGGGGUCACGACGAAAAAGAGAUCAUUUUGGCCCCGUUACCAACACGAUCUUGUCCGGCUAGAGAUAGGCGCAAACAUACUGAGGUCCGCGGUUCAAACCCAACUUUGGCAUCUCAACUGCUAUUGUCUAGGUCUGUGUAACAUGGCAUUAUCUCAGUCCUCGUGCUUCCUUCGGUUGGCACGGCAGCUAUGCACCGAAAGAGUGCUACAGCUGAACGAUUAUCGAUCGACGACUGGAAAGUUGGUUUGGUUACCUGUCCUCAUGGCUUACUGUGGCGAGCCAUUAAGAAGAAUACGGGUUCAUUCAAAAGCACAAUGGUUGCCGUAUGAACAAAAAAACUAUCCGGAACCAACCGGAAAGACGAAAUGCCAUCGAUGUGAAAAAUCUGAAAAUCGUCUAGCUGUACCACCCUUUCGAUGCCUAGCUGCCAUGCCACCAGAAGGAAGCACGAGGGCUGGGAUACUGCCCAAACCUAGACAGGGGAAGUCGAGACACAGAGGUCGGGUUCGAACCACGGACGUUCCGAAAAAAAAAAACGGGGCAAGAUGGUACAAAUUGUUAGAGCGCGAAUUUACUGAUCGGAAGGUCCAUGGUUCAAAUCCGACCUCUGUCUCUCGAAUCCCCUUCUCUAGGCAACCUGGCAGUAUCCCAUCCCUCGUGCUUCCUUCGCGUGGCAUGACAGUUAGGCAUCGAAAGGGUACUACAACUAAAGGGGAACGGCAAAAAACGGAUGUAGGUUUUGAGACGCACAUCAACGCACCGAUGGGUUAUAAACCGCCGGGAAGUUGGUGA